CCCACAUGCUUUUGUUUGCCAUCACCAAUUUUCUUUCUCUUUUGUCAUUAUUGUUGGUCAUGAGCAUGGAGAACAAAGGUUUUGUUAGAUUGAUGCUACUUUUUCUGGGUUUCUCUUGUCUUCUGCUUUCCUGUGCUGCUGUUCCUACAACAAGAAGCCUCAAACCAAAUAAGGAACUACUCCCUUCUUCUUCUGUCCAAGAUUUUCUCGCUCAGGAUGCAAUAAAAUCAAGUGAAGCUGAGGAGUUGUUUGGGGAAGGAGAUGCAGUCAAUGAGGAAAAGAUGCUAAUGCCAAGAACAUAUUAUCCAGGGACAGAAGCAAACAAGAACCAUGAACCCAAAACUCCAGGGAAAACUUAAAAAAAAAAAAAAAAACCCAUAAUUUUUACAUAUUUAUUUUAUGCAUAGACCAAGACAUCGGGGAAGAAGAAUUUUGAGAGUUUGAAUCUGGGCUUGGGACUUUCUUUUGUCCUGUAUUUUGCUAGAAUAUCCUCUCCUUUUUCCUUUUGAUGCCCUUCUUCGUAGUUGGUAAUAUAUUUUAUUUGAAUAUAAAUGGAAGUUAAUGUUGGAAAUUGUGGCUGCUUGACUUGAAGUCUUCAA